GGAUCAUCACACUUUCUCUCCUGACCACAUACGUCUAGGAUGGAGAAAACAUAGAAAAGACAAAAUAAACUCUACACAAGAGCCUUUUAAACUCAAAACCAACAACAGAACGGGGGUUUCCCCCCUAGUUCCUAAGAAACGGAAACUUUUUAAUACAGAAACUAAUAAAAACAAGAAAACUAAGACACUGGAGCCUUCUCUAGAGAAGCAACAAUCUCUAUUAGACAAAACAAACGGCCUACUUGCGAGCAAAGGACCUAUAGCUACAGAGGAUAGCCAAGCUGCAGCAACAAAUUUGUUACAACAAAGCUCUACAAUCAAUGAUAGACCUAGCUGGGACGAGCAAGUUUCUUAA